GUCCCCCGAGCGCCCAGAGCUGCGGGCAGCGGGCGGACUGUUAAACCGCGGCGGCGGCGUCAGCCGGGGCGGGAGCGGGGCGCGCUCUGGAGACGAGUCGGCGGCGCCCCGGGUGGGGGGAGGCGGGCGGACAGCUAGAGAUCGCCUCGGCGGCCCCCACCACGGCCGGACCGAAGGUGCGGCGGCGGAGGGCAGCCAGGGCGCCCCAGCAGGCUUCCAGUAAUUAUCUCCAGGAUUCGCCAUGACCCCAGCUCUGAAGGAGGCAACAACAAAGGGUAUCUGCUUUUCAUCUUUGCCAAAUACCAUGGAAUCUGACAAGAUGCUGUGCAUGGAAAGUCCGAGAGCUGUAGAUGAAAAGCUUAAGGGAGGAGACACCUUCUCUCAGAUGCUGGGAUUUCCGACUCCUGAACCGACGCUAAAUACUAAUUUUGUGAAUUUAAAACAUUUUACCUCCCCUCAGGCUUCAAAACAUUUUCAGACAGUUCUUUUAAUGAGUUCUAAUUCAACACUAAAUAAGUAUAAUGAGAAUUAUAACCAAAAGAAAGUAAUGGAGUCCAACUGCUGCAAGCUGAAAAACGCCCUGUGUAAUGGCAGCAGCGUUCAGCUCAGUAAGAUCUGCCAUUCUCAUUCUGAGAAUGAGAUCAUCAAAAAGGAACUCUCAGAUACCACAAGCCAGUGCAUGAAAGAUAUACAAAUUGUUUUGGAUUCAAAUCUCACCAAAGACGCUAAUGUAGAUAAAGUACAUCUGCAAAACUGUAAAUGGUACCAAAAGAAUGCACUUUUGGAUAAAUUCACUGAUACUAAGAUUAAAAAGGGUUUAUUGCAAUGUACUCAAAAGAAAAUUGGACCUAGUCACUCAGAUGUGCCUGCUAGUUCCUCCGCUGCUGAGAAAGAGGAAGAAGUGAAUGCUCGUUUACUUCACUGUGUGAGUAAACAGAAAAGUUUACUUAGCCAGGCUAGAAGAACUCAGAAACACUUGCAGAUGCUCCUGGCGAAGCAUGUUGUUAAGCACUAUGGUCAACAGAUGAAAUUUUCUAUGAAACAUCAGCUGCCCACAAUGAAGAUCUUUCAUGAACCCACAACAGUCUUGAGUAAUAGUUUACUUGAACACACUGAAAUUAAGCCAGAAGUCAACAUCUUGGCUUCAGAGAAUAAGUUCUGGGAUGACACAAACAAUGGCUUUUCUCAAUGUACAGCUGCAGAAAUCCAAAGAUUUGCACUGUCUGCUACAGGGCUGUUGUCUCAUGUUGAAGAGGGUCUGGAUUCUGAUGCCACCGAUAGCAGCUCAGAUGACGAGUUGGAUGAAUAUACCAUUAGAAAAAAUGUGGCAGUCAACUCCAGUACUGAAUGGAAGUGGCUUAUAGACAGAGCGCAGGUUGGCAGCCGAUGGACUUGGCUUCAAGCUCAGAUUUCAGAGCUGGAAUACAAAAUCCAGCAGCUAACAGAUAUUCACAGGCAGAUUCGUGCCUCCAAGGGGAUAGUGAUCUUAGAAGAAUGUCAGCUUCCAAAAGACAUUUUGAAAAAACAAAUACAGUUUUCAAACCAAGCAGUUUCAUUAAACACUUCAGUGAAUUCUCAGGUUUCCCAGAGGAGUGAAGAGCCUUUACCAGAACAUGAUUUUGAGAUGUCACCAAGCAGCCCUACACUACUUCUUCGAAACAUAGAGAAACAGAGUGCACAGUUGACUGAGAUCAUUAACAGUUUGAUUGCCCCUCUCAACUUGUCUCCAACUUCAUCACCCCUCUCUUCUAAAUCCUGUAGCCACAAAUGUCUGGCUAAUGGCAUUUCCAGAAGUUUUAGAGGUUCACUGUCAGUUGGAGGCUGGCAAUGAGGCAACACACCAUGGCAAGCAUAUUUGGGAGAACAAAACAGCCUACUCAUCAGGAACCAGGAAACAAAAAGGAAGACAAAGAGUCUGGGUUCUCAAGAACCCUUCUUAAGGCCAUAUCUCUUGCGACUCAAGAACCCCUCUUACUUUUAGAGGUUCUAGCUCCCCCUGCUCCCUCAAUGCCAGCCUGUUUACCAGCAUGUAGACAGUGGGUAGACUCAGGAUGCAGACCAUGCCAGUACGCUUUGUACUUUCUUACAGAUAAUUGACAUAAUUGAAAAGUGUUGGGGGUAGGCUAUCGAUAUAUCUCAGUUGAUACAAUGUAGCCUGUUUGAGGUUCUAGGUUCCUUUCCCAGUGUGAGAUAAACUAACUGGAUGUAGAGGUCACAUUUGUUAUUGUAGCACUGAGCAAGUUGGGGCAGGAGGAUCAGGGUUAUGAUACUCCUCUGGGAUGUAGUAGACCUUGUAUCCAAAUUUAAAAGAGAGAGAGAGAGAGAGAGAGAGAGAGAGAGAGAGAGAGAGAGAGAGAGAGAGAGAGAGAGAGAGAGAGAGAGAGAUAUUGAGAGAUUGAGAGGUUGAGAUUAUUUUAAUUCUGAAAUAGUCACAUCAGUAUCCUGUGGCUCUCAUGCCUACCUCCUUCAAUUUUGCUUCCCAUCUAGUUUGCCUCUGGAUUAGAGCAUACAAAAAGUGGUACUGGAGAGAUGGCUCAGCAGUUACCAGAGCUUGCUGGCCUACCAUGGGGAUUAGGUUUCCUGAUUCUAACACCCAUGUGGAGUAGCUCAUAAAUGCCUGUGACUCAUAUACUUGAGAUCCUUUUCUUCCCUCCGUAAGCAUUCAAACACAUAUGUAUACACACAUAUACAUACUUCAAAAGAAAAAUCUCAAAGAAAAUGAGAAAUUCAAAGCAGAAGAAAUAUCUAUACCAUAGUAAGAAAUUCUAAAGAAAGAGAAUGCUUCUCAAAUGUGAGUAAGCAAGCUGGGCUGCAGACCUUGAAACCUCUUUUGGUUCAUGGAGGCCUUCUGUGAGUUUUAGCUGCAUUCUCUGUAGCUGAAGUUAUAUAAGGAAUCUCACAAGUAAAGUAUUCCAGUCACCUAAAAGUCUACUCAUUCUAGCUUUACAUCACAUAUCAUAAUUUUGCAUAUUAUGGAAGAAUUUUAAAAGUUUAGCCAUUCUUUAGGAUAAUUUUUGGGGGUCAAAUAAAGCUUACUAUUUAUGAUAUAUUUUAAAACACUUUAGAUCACUUUUAUAUGUACUUGAUGACCUUUUCUCAUGUUGUCUUCAAAUUCACUGUUGCUUUCUGGGGACGGUAUCUGUACAUUUGUUACUCAUUGAUUCCUAACUCAUUUAUUUAAGGGCAUCAUCUGAGAGUAGCAUAAUUGUAAUUAUUGUUUUUACCUUUAAUCAUGGCACUAAGAACCAAAUAAGUAUGAUUAAGUCUCCAAAAAAAAUUGGAGCAUUACAUUCUGUCAAUGAGGUGGUUAUACAUUUUUAGAACUGUUAUUCUGAAAUGAACAUACGAUGCUCUAAAGAGAUCCUUGGAUAUUAUCUCUGAGAACAUAAAUUUCUAUCUGAAAUAAGGUCCAAAUUUUGUAGUUUAUUUUUUAUCUUAAUGAGUUCCAUAAUGGGGUAUGAAAUUAAAUCCUAGUGAAUUAUUGCCAUACUGUUUAUUUUCACUAAUGGUAAUUAUCUCAUGUAAAUUCAACCAUUCCUUCUAAUUGUGUGUCAUAAUUUAAAAGCCAAGGUCUGUUGUCAAAACAAUCACAAUAUAAAGUAAUAAUUUUACCAUAGGAAUGUUUUCAGUAGUCGUUUCUCAAUUAUAAGAGUGUUGUUUGAUAGCAGUGUUUCCUGAGUCAGUGCUUUCUAUAGAACGCUGAUGGAUAACAGUAAUCACAUUAGUGAGAUGUAUGAUGCCAGUGGGGAAAUAACCCUUCCCUGCUGUGUUCUUAGAGAGUAGUGCCAGUAGGAGUUAUCUUCAUUUGUAAAAUGGCUUCUUUUCCUUUUCAUUUCUAAUGAUGUAAGUGUAAAACAUAACUUUAUCCAGGGGAAAUUACUGGUAUACUAUUAAAAUUAUGUCUAGAAAUUAUGUAAUUAUAUGAGAAUAGUUUUGUUUUACACCAUUAAUUGGCAAAAUGAGAAUAAAAAAUUAUUAUACAGUGAUUUCCUAGAAAAAUAUUUGAGGAAUAUACAGUAAAAUGUUAAUGAAAACAAUACUUCAUCUUAGAAGGCAAGGUUUGAAAUGUCUUUUUUUUUUUUGUGGUGGUACAUGUGGGUACCCAUGUGUCCAUGUGGCCAGGAUGUCUAUAGAUGUCAGAGGACAACUCGGGUUGGCUUUCUGGUACCUCCCACCUUUUGAGAAAGGAAUCUUUACUAGGUUGACCUAGUUUGCAAGGACAGGCCUGUGUUCUGUUGUCAUGCUAUUGCUGGGCUUAUAGCAUGUUACACCAAACUCCUCACAAGGUUUCUGAGCAAUACAAACUCUUACUCUAAUGCUUGUGAAGCUGGCUCCCUAUUUCCUUAAUCCCCCCUUUUCUUUGUGUGUAUAUUUCCAAAUAUUCUUUAAGAUAGAAAACCCUAGUUUUUUCUGAGCACAGAUAAGAAAUAAUGUUUGUCUGGCAAUCACUGGCUUUCUACUCUGAGUAUUUGUUUUGUUGUCAUGCUUUUAAGAUGUCCUUUUUUUUUUUUCAUCUUUAUUAACUUGAGUAUUUCUUAUUUACAUUUCAAUUGUUAGUCCCCUUCCCGGUUUCCAGGCCAACAUCCCCCAACCCCUCCCCCUCCCAUUCUCUGUGGGUGUUCCCCUCCCCAUCCUCCCCCCAUUACCGCCCUCCCCCCAAGAAUCACGUUCGCUGGGGGUUCAGUCUUGGCAGGACCAAGGGCUUCCCCUUCCACUGGUGCUCUUACUAGGCUAUUCAUUGCUACAUAUGCAGUUUUUCUUUUUAAUUAUCUUUAAUCUUUUUUUUUUAUAGUCCAGUUGCUAUCCUCCUCCUGGUCUGCCCUCCUACAGUUCCUCAGCCCAUUUUUCCUUCCCCAUCUCCAAGAGAAUGUCCCCACCCCCCACUCUCCUACUCCCUAUCCCACCCAGCCAGGUCUCUCUACUACCUGGGGCCACAAGUCUCUCUAGGAUUAAGUGCAUCUUUUCUUGAUGAGGCCAAACCAGGCAAUCCUCUGCUGUAUAUGUGUUGGGGGGGGCGGGAGGCGGGAGAGGCGGGGGAGCUUGUACCAGCUAGUAUAUGCUGCCUGGUUGGUGACACAGUGUCUGAGAUAUCCCAGCAGUCCUGGUUAGUUGAGACUGCUGGUCUUCUUAGGGGGUUAACCUCCUCCAGCAUUUCCCUAAUUCAGCCACAGGGGUCCCUAAGAUUUCAGUCCAUUGAUUGGGUGUAAUUAAUUGCUUCUGUCUCCAUCAGCUGCUUAUUGGGCUUCUCUGCAGCUGUGCUAGGCUCCUGUCUGUAAGCACACCAUAGUAUCAGUAGUGACAGGCCUUGUAGCCUCCUCUUGAGAUGGAGCCCAAUUUGGGCCAGUCAUUGGACCUCCUUUCCCUCAGUGUCCUCCAUUUUUAUCCCUGCAGUUCUUUUAGACAGGAACAAUUCUGGAUCACAGUUUUUGACUUCACCUGAUGCCCAGUCUUUCUACUGGAGGUAGAGUCCACAAGUUCCCUCUCCCCACUGUUGGGUAUUACAUCUAAGGUCCCUCCCUUGAGUCCUCAGAGUUUCUCACCUACCAGGUCACUGAUACAUCCUAAAGGGUUGCAUAUUUCCAUUCUGCUGGCCCUCAGGGCUUCACUCCUGUUCCCCCUCCAAUACCUGAUCUUGUUCUUUUCUCCUCUCCCUUUCCUUCCCAGCCAGGUCCUUCUCUCCCUCUGAUCCCUCAUGAUGGCUUUCUUGAAUGGACCUUGAAUUCCUGAUCUUUCCAAGACUUUUAACAUGAAGGGGUGCUGAAUUUUGUCAAAUGUUUUCUCAGUGUCUAAUGAGAUGAUCAUAUGUUUUUUUUUUUUUUUUUGAGUUUAGUUAUGUAGUGGAUUACAUUGAUAGAUUUCUGUAUAUUGAACCAUCCCUGCAUUCCUGGAAUGAAGCCUACUUGAUCAUGAUGGAUGAUCAUUUUGAUGUGUUCUUGGAUUUGGUUUGAGAGAAUUUUACUGAGUACUUUUGCAUUGAUAUUCAUAAGGGAAAUUGGUCUCAAGUUCUCUUUCUUUGUUGGGUCUUUAUGUGGUUUAGGUAUAAGUGUAAUUGUGGCUAGAUGAAUUGGGUAGUGUUCCUUCUGUUUCUAUUUUGUGGAAUGGUUUGGACAGUAUUGGUUAUGAGGUCUUCUAUGAAGGUAGGAUAGAAUUCUGCAUUAAACCCUUCUGGUCCUGGGCUUUUUUUGGUCAGGAAACUUUCAAUAACUGCUUCUAUUUCUUUAGGAGUUAUGGGACUAUUUAGAUGUUGUAUCAGCUACUGAUUUAAAUUUGGUACCUGGUAUCUGUCUAGAAAAUUGUCCAUUUCCUCCAGAUUUUCCAGUUUUGUUGAAUAUAGGCUUUUGUAGUAGGAUCUUAGGAUUUUUUGAAUUUCUUCAGAUUCUGUUGUUAUGUCUCCCUUUUCAUUUCUGAUUUUGUUGAUUUGGAUCCUGUCUCUGUUAGUCUGGCUAAGAGUUUAUUUAUCUUUUUGAUUUUCUCAAAGAACCAGCUCCUGGUUUUGUAUAGUUCUUUUUGUUUCCACUUGGUUGAUUUCAGCCUGAGUUUGAUUAUUUCCUGCCUUCUACUCCUCUUGGGUGAAUUUGCUUCUUUUUGUUCUAGAGCUUUUAAGUGUGCUGUCAAGCUGCUAAUGUAUGGUCUCUCUUGUUUCUUUUUGGAGCCACUGAGAGCUUUGAGUUUUCCACUUAGUACUGCAUUCAUCGUGUCCCAUAAAUUUGGGUAUGUUGUGCCUUCAUUUUCAUUAAAUUCUAAAACAUAUUUAAUUUAUUUCUUCCUUGACCAAAUUAUCAUUGAGUGAUGUUCAACUUCCAUGUGUAUGUCGGCUUUCUGUUGUUUUUGUUGUUAUUGAAGACCAGCCUUAGUCUAUGGUGAUCUGAUAUGAUGCAUGGGAUUAUUUCUAUCUUCUUGUAUCUGUUGAGGCCUGUUUUAUGACAGAUUGUAUGGUCAGUUUUGGAGAAGGUACCAUGAGGUGCUAAGAAGAAGGUAUAUUCUUUUGUUUUAGGAUGAAAUGUUUUAUAGCUAUCUGUUAAAUCCAUUUGAUUCAUAGCUUGUUUGUUUCUCUGUGUUUCUUUUUCCCUGUUUCUGUUUCCCUAAUUUGUCCAUUGAUGAGAGUGGGGUGUUGAAGUCUCCUUGUAUUAUUGUGUGAGUUGCAAUUUGUGGCUUGAGUUAAACUGUAUUAAAGUAAGGUUUCUUUUAUGAAUGUGGGUGCCCUUACAUUUGGAACAUAGAUAUUCAGGAGUGAGAGUUCAUCUUGGUGGAUUUUUCCAUUGAUGAAUAUGAAGUGUCCUUCCUUAUCUUUUCUGAAAACUUUUGGUUGAAAGUCAAAUUUAUUCAAUAUUAGAAUAGCUACUCUAUCUUGUUUCUUGGGACCAUUUGCUUAGAAAAUUGUUUUCCAGCCUUUUACUUUGAGGUAGUGUCUGCUUUGACCCUGAAGUGUGUUUCCUGUAUGCAGCAAAAUGCUGGGUCCUCUUUACUUACCCAUUCUGUUAGUCUAUGUCUUUUUAUUGGGGAAUUGAGUCUCCAAUUGAUUUCAAGAGAUAUUAAGGAAUAAUGAUUGUUGUUUCCUGCUAUUUUUGUUAUUAGAGGUAGAAUUAUGUUUGUGUGGCUCUCUUAUUUUCUCCCAAGAUGAUUACUUUCUUGCUUUUUCCCUCCUUGUGUUGGAAUUUCCAGCUAUUAUCCUUUGUAGGGCUGGAUUGUGGAAAGAUACUGUGUAAAUUUGUUUUUUUCAUGGUGUAUCUUGGUUUCUCUAUCUGUGGUAAUUGAGUUUUCCUGGAUAUAAUAACCUAGGCUGGCAUUUGUGUCCUCUUAGGGUCUAUAUGACAUCUGCCCAGGAUCUUCUGGCUUUCAUAGUCUCUGGUGAGAAGUCUGGUGUAAUUCUGAGAGGUCUGCCUUUAUAUGUUACUUGACCUUUUUCCCUUAGUGCUUUUAAUUUUUAAUUUUUUUUUUUGCUUUGUGCAUUUGUUGUUUUGACUAUUAUGUGUUGGGAGAAAUUUCUUUUCUGGUCCAAUCUAUUUGGAGUUCUCUAGGCUUCUUGUAUGUUCAUUGGCAUCUCUUUCUUUAGGUUGGGGAUAUUUUCUUCUAUAAUUUUGUCAAAGAUAUUACUGGCCCUGUAAGUUGGGAAUCUUCCCUCUCAUCUAUACCUAUUAUCCUUAGGUUUGAUCUUCUCAUUGUGUCCUGGGUUCCUGGGUAUUUUGUGUUAGGAGCUUUUUGUCUUGUAAAUUUCUUUGAUUGUUGUAUCCAUGUUUUCUAUGGUAUCUUCUGCCCCUGAGAUUCUCUCUUCUACAUCUUGUAUUCUGUUGGUGGUGCUUGCAUCUAUGACUCCUGAUCUCUUUCCUAAGUUUUCUAUCUCCAGGGUUGUCUGCCUUUGUGAUUUCUUUAUUGUUUCUAUUUCCAUUUUAUCCUUUACCUGUUUGGUUGUGUUUUCCUGUAAUUCUUUAAGGGAUUUUUGUAUAUCCUCUUUAAGGGUCCUAUGUUGUCCUGUAUUUCUUUAAGGGCAUUAUUUAUUUCCUUUUUAAAGUCCUCUAUCAUCAUCAUGAGAUGUGAUUUUAAAUCCAUUUGUUGCUUUUCCAUUGUGUUUUGAUAUCCAGUAUUUUCUUUGUUGGGAGAACUGGGCUCUUAUGAUGCCAAGUAGUCUUGGUUUCUGUUGCUUAGCUUCUUGUCCUUGCUCCUCGCCUUCUGAUUGUCUCUGCUGUUAGCUGGCCUUGCUGUCUCUGACAGUUGCUUUACCGUCCUGUAAAGCCUGUGUGUCAGCACUCCUGAAGACCAGCUUUCUUCUAGCAGGAUCUGGUACAGAGAGCUGUGUCACCAGGGUUAGCUUUGGGCACAGGCAGAAACCAGAAGGAUCCUGUUCCAGACUGUUCCUCGGUUGGUUCCUGUGUCUAGAGGUCUCCAGGUGGUUCUUCUGCUCUCAGGUGUGUCAGCGCUCCUGGUGACUGGCUUUCAGCUUUGGAUGCAUGCAGAGACAUGUUGGUUCCUGUGUCUGGAGGUCUCCAGGCGGGUUCCUCUUGGGCUAGGGAUGUGAGCAGCAGUGGUGGUCUCCCCUGAGCUAUCAGGAUUGUCCACACUAAUGAAAGUCCAGCUUCCUUCCCCAUGGGAUUUGGGUACAGAGAGCUGUGGGCUCCAGGAACAGGCAGAAAUCAGAAGGCAAUGUCCUUGUUCUUAAUAGCUGAGUAAUAUUUCAUUGUAUAAAUGAACCACAUUUUCUGUAUCCAUUCUUCCAUUGUGGGACAUUUGGGUUGUUUCCAGAUAUGGCUAUCACACAUAAGGCUACUAUGGAAAUAGUGGAGCACGUGCCCCCGUGGCAUGGUGGGGUAUCUUUUGGGUAUAUGACUAAGAGUAGUAUAUCUGGGUGUUUGGAUAGAUCUUUUUCCAGUUUUCUGAAGAACCUCCAGACUGAUUUCCAGAGUGGUUGUACCAGUUUGCAAGCCCACCAGCAAUGAAGAAUUGUUCCUUUCUCCACAUACUCACCAGCAUGUAUUGUCACCUGAGUUUUUUAUCUUAGUCAUUCUGACUGGUGUAAGGUAGAAUCUCAGAGUUUUUUUUUUUUUAUUUGCAUUUCCCUGAUUAUUAAGGACUUUGAACAUUUCUUUAAGUGCUUCUCAGCCAUUUGAGAGUACUCUGUUGUGAAUUCUACACUCAUUUUUCUUUGACUGGGCUGUUUUGGUUUUUUUAAGGUUAGCUUCUUGAGUUCUUUAUAUAUUUUGGGUAUUAGCCCUCUUUCAGAUGUGGGGUUCAUGAAGAUUUUUCUCAACCUGUAGGUUGCUGAUUUGUCCUAUUGACUAUUAUGUCCUUUGCCUUACAGAAGCUUUUCAGUUUCAUGAGGUCCCAUUUAUCAAUUUUUGAUCUUAGACCCUGAGCCAUUGGAGUUGUUUAGGAAAUUUCUCCCUCCCCAUGCCAAUGAAUUCAAGGCUCUUUUCUACUUUCUCUUCUAUUACAUUCAGUGUAUAAAGCUCAAGUCCAAGUGGUUUAAGACAUACUCUUUAGGCAAGCAAUGUAGUGCAUGCCUGUUGUUCCUCACCAUGGGGAAUAGUAAGUUUGAGGCCAGCUUUGGUUUAUAUAGUAAAAGCUUUUCUCACAAACAACUACAAAAAGAAAUAAAAGGUCUCAUUUGAAGGUAAUAUUCAGGGAGAAAUAACUAUAAUAAUCUGUUUCUUUUUUUCUCCAUGGAACAUAGAAAUCCACCUAUUUCUAGAAUUAAUUAUCUCAAUGUUUUGCUAACUCUGCUAAAUUAUUUCUGACAUGAUUGUUCACUCCAGAAAUAUUUUAGGUGGAGACUGCUAUUUUAACACUAAACAGUUUUGAAUAUUUCUGUGAUACUCUUUAUUAUAUUUUGGUACCUUGUUCUUGAGUUUCUGAACCUUCUAACUCUACUUCUCAAAUACACAGCAUAAUUUAUUAUUGUCAUGAAGUUCCUAGUCACAUUCAACUUUUCAUUCUUAAGAUAAUCUGGUUUUUUAAAAUUUAUUCAUUUUUAUUUUUACACACAAGAUUUUAUUUCCUUCCUGGUCCACCCUCUGACUAUUCCACAUUCCAUACCUCUUCUCAGAUCCCCCUAAUCUCCCCGAGGAUAUCCCUACCCCACCUCCACCGCCAGACCUCUAAAUUCCCUGGGGCCUCCAGUCUCUUGAAGGUUAGAUGCAUCUUUUGCUGUAGUAUGUAUUGGGGGCCUCAUAUCAGCUGGCGUAUGCUGUGUCUGGUUGGUGAUCCAGUGUCUGAGAGAUCUCAGGGUCCAAGUUAAUUGAGAGUGCUCGUCCUCUUAUAGGGUUGCCCUCUUCGUCAGCUUCCUCCAGCUAAAUAGCUUUUUACUGAUUUGUGAGUUUGAUAUCAUGCACCCCAGUGCUAUUCAUCUCUGUUCCCUCAUAUCUUCCCUCUGCCCUUGUAACCUCCUCCCCCAAGUAAAAACAACACACACAAAACAACACAAAGUAUUGAAAACAUCUUGUGGAAGCUGUAGUAUUACAGCGUGUCCCACAGAAUCUCCCUCUAUCUAAACAUCUGCACUUUCAAAUGUUGUUUGUAAUGAGACGCUGGUCCAGUUCUAGGUGUCUGGCUCUUGCCCUGCUGCAGAUAAGUGAGAGCAGGAACAUUAGCCAGCUCAGCUACCGGCCAGGCUAGGACUGAGUUUGCCCACCCUAAAGUCUACAUCAUGUGUAAACUGUUGUGGCACAUGAAAGGACUAGUCCUGUAGAUCCACACUGCAGGAUCUCCAUGACACUGGGCAACAGCAGUAUAACUGGGAGGAGUCCUGGUGAGGAGCCACUAUUAAGUUAAUCUUUUCAUGAUUAAUUUCUCAGGAUAGUUAAGUCUCCUAAGUCGUUUUUUCUCAGUAGCCAUGUUUAAAAAUGUUUGAAACCAUAAUACAAAAUUAAAAGAGGGAGAGUUUAUUUAUUUUGUAUUGUGUCUUACACGUGUUGUAACUGAUAAACAUCCUAGGCUCUUCCUCUUCCCCCUUUUCAUUUUUUUAAGACGGGUUUCUCUGUGUAGUUUUGGCUGGCUAUCCUGGAACUCACUCUGGAGACCAGGUUGGCCUUGAACUCAGAGAGUCUGCCUCUACCUCCCAAGUGUGAAUACCACUACGUUUUUUUUUUUUUUGUUUUUUUUUUUUUUUUGUUUUUUUUUUUUUUACUUUUUAAACUUCUGGAACUAGAUCAAGUGUUUGAUAGUCUUGACAUCUCAAUUAUUUAACUAAAAAGCCACUUAUUGGGCUUUAUACUUAAAAAUAAUUGUCUGUACUUUUUAUAUUUUAAUGUAGGGUCUUAUUAAGUUGUCUAGGCUGGUCUUUUGCUUAUUCUAUAUUCCAGGCAGGCCUAAACUUAUAGUUCAGUUCAUUGCCGAGGCUUCUUGAGUACCUAGCAUUACUAACCUGUGUCAUUUGAGACUGGCAAAAGAAUGUAGGUGACAGUUUUUCUGUUAUUACUAAUUGCUAUGGAUAUCACUGAAAUAUUUGUAUUAGUUACCAUUUUCCCUUUUUAAUUCUUGUUUUUGUUUCCAUUGAUAUAGACUAUCCAGGUUUCUUUGUAACUUUUGUUUUCCGAUUACUUGUACAAGCAUUCUUGAUUUUUUUGUUUCACUCACUCUAGAAGAAUAUUUUUAUGGUAGUUGUAAUAUGAUUCAAAAGCAAUAAUGCUGUUGUAGAAAACAGUAUCUUUUGUGUAGGUAUGUGUGUGAGUAUGAAUGUAUUGGGGUAUGAUAUACGUUCUUGUUUUAUGUUCCUGCAUGUAGUGUUGGGUGUCUUCCUCAAGCACUUCUCACGAACCUGAAGUGAAUCCAUUCUGCUGAGUUCUAGGUUCCAUCUAAUCCUGUCCCCAGCCUCACUGUUGAGGCUAUGCAUAAAACACAGUAGCACAGUACUGCUGUGCUUGGGUUUUACAACGGCUCUAGGGACCCAAACUCAGGUUCUUGUGCUUCCACAACAGGUUCUAGCUCACAGAAGAACCACAUGCCAAACAGCAUUAUUAGAACUUAUAUAUCAACUGCUAACAUCACAUAUAGUUAUUUCAUAGUAUUGUUAUUUCCAAGUGGAGGUUAUGGAUAUAUCAAAGAUAAAAGGACCAUGGAGACCUGUACUCAAUGUUUCCAGGUGCUUAUCACCAUUAAAGAAAUAGUAAGGAAUUUGGAGCAAAUUUGUUACAAGGCUGAGUUGCAUGGUAAAGCAGUAAUAGCUGGCGUCUCAGGAAGUAUAUCUCGGGGCUAAGAGCACUGACUGCUCUUCAGAGGUCCUGAGUUCAAUUCCCAGCAACCACAUGGUGGCUCACAACCAUCUGUAAUGGAUCUGAUAUCCUCUUCCAAUGUGUCUGAAGACAGCUACAGUGUACCCCAUAUAUAAAAUAAAUAAAUCUUUAAGAAGUAUAUCUCAUAUCUCCAAUAGCUCCUCCUAUGCCAAAACUUAAAAUGAACGGAGGAGUCUUAGUGAGUUAGGGUAGAGGAAAGAAAGGAAUCCAAGGAAGUUGUAUGUGCAUGUGUAUCCUGGAGUAGGGUUAACCCAGCUUUUCUGUCCUUUAUGUGGUUCUUUAGAUGUAGUAUUAUGUCAGAUAUGUGAUAGAAGCAAGCCAAUUUGCAAGGCUAAUGAUAUGGAGAUGCAAUUAUAAGGAAGCAAAGGACAGUUUGCAGUUGUCCCAGCAGUUGUUGAAUGGUCAGCUAAUGCUCUGCCAUAACCCACUACAACUGUAUCACCCUUUAUUUACCCAGUAGGCAGUUCGCCACUUUAUUCAGUCUACCUAGCCCAUCUCCAACUCGCUUGUUAAUGUUAGACUGUUAAGUCACCUGUGUUGAUCUGCAUACAUUGAAAUUGGAACAUGUUGUAUGUGAAAAGCUUACUUUAUAUUAGUACAUAAAUAUAUUACUAUAUAUUCCAUAUUACGAUAUUAUUAUAAUAUAUAGUAUGCAAUAUAAGUGAAGUUAAAUGUGUCAACAUAAAACUGCACUCCAAAAUUCCUAAUACCUUUAAACAGAUUCAGGUUGCCCUGAAUGAUAUAUUCCACUGUGGAAACACUUUCAAAAACUUUUAUAAACAAACUCCUACAUCAAAGAACCUCUACCAUGUACAGGAUUGGAGAUUCUGGUAGGCCAGUCACAGCAACGUAAGGGUGGCUGCUGCAUGUUUUCAGGUGCUGUCCCUUGACCUUUUUUUUUUUUUUUGCAUUGGUAGACCCCUGUAGUCUGGCAAAAACUUAGUUAUUAAUAUAUUCCAGAAGUUUUUUUUUUUUUACUGCUAUUCAAAUCAAACCAGAUCAGAUUUAGAGAUGGGUAACAAAUGGCCGUUAAGGGACUAAAGAUACACCACCAUAAUUUUCUCUUGAUCUUUAACAUUCCAACAUAAUUAUGAAGUUGUAACCUGUCAGUCAGUUUGUAAAAUCUCCAGAAACUUCAGUUCACAAAACCUUAAAUAUAGUGUUAAAAUUCAUAUAAAGUGUAAUUAUGAAACUAUUUUCCAUGUAUAGCUUCUUUCACUUUACAGUUGUUAUGUCUGUAUGUAAACUGUAAUAGCAUAAGCUGUAUGUGAACUCACUGAGACUUGGUGUGUGGAAAACGUACUUAUUUAGAUGCAAGGAUGAGUCCUUGGUACUUUUAAGCCUUUGUUUUUGAUGUACUUCUCCCACAUGCAAAAAGAAAUUGGCAUAAAUUGUUAAAACUGUGUUGGAUGUGAAUUAUUGAUUUAUAAGGAUCAUUGAUUUUAUACUAAGCAAAGUUUUAGUUUUGAAGAUGUAUAUUUUGCAGCAGAAAAUUCAAAUUAUUUCUAUAUUUUUACUAUGUAAUUAUCCAUUAAUGUCAAUUAUUUUAACUAUUGUUAUCGUAAAAUUGGCUAAAACUGAACCCUCUUGUAUCAUAAUAAACCAUAAAAUUUACAUUUA